GUGGCCGGCGGGGCGGCCGUCUGGGGGCGACAAGUCCGGGGAGCACCAGACGGAAGUGCCGCUGGGACUGACACGUGGACCUGGGCGGUGCUGCUGGGUGGGUCGGCCGGGCUGGGAGGCCAACGGUGCCCACGCCGCAGUGCCCACACCGUCUGAGCCCACGCCGCAGUGCCCACGCCGUCCGAGCGCCCCAAGCCCUAUGCAGCCACCCCAAGACGAAGCCUGCAGGGACAAGGCCGGGGACACCCAGUGGUCCAGGCCAGAGUGCCAGGCGUGGACGGGGACGCUGCUGCUGGGCACAUGCCUGCUGUACUGCGCCCGCGCCAGCAUGCCCAUCUGCACGGUCUCCAUGAGCCAGGACUUCGGCUGGAACAAGAAGGAGGCCGGCAUCGUGCUUAGCAGCUUCUUCUGGGGCUACUGCCUGACACAGGUUGUGGGUGGCCACCUCGGAGACCGGAUUGGGGGUGAGAAGGUCAUUCUGCUGUCAGCCUCUGCUUGGGGCUCCAUCACGGCUGUCACCCCUCUGCUCGCCCACCUAGGCAGUGCCCACCUGGCCUUUAUGACCUUCUCACGCAUCCUCAUGGGCUUGCUCCAAGGGCUUUACUUCCCUGCCCUGACCAGCCUGCUGUCGCAGAAGGUGCGGGAGAGCGAGCGAGCCUUCACCUACAGCACCGUGGGCGCUGGCUCCCAGUUUGGGACGCUGCUGACUGGGGCGGUGGGCUCCCUGCUCCUGGAAUGGUACAGCUGGCAGAGCGUCUUCUAUUUCUCUGGCAGCCUCACCCUACUUUGGGUGUGGUACGUGUACAGGUACCUGCUGAGUGAAAAAGACCUGGUCCCGGCCUUGGGUGUCCUGGCCCCAGGCCUGCUGGUGUCCAGGCACAGCAGAGUCCCCUGGAGACGGCUCUUCCGGAAGCCUGCUGUCUGGGCAGCCGUCUUCUCCCAGCUGUCUGCAGCCUGCUCCUUCUUUGUGCUCCUGUCCUGGCUGCCCACCUUCUUCAAGGAGACCUUCCCCGACGCCAAGGGCUGGAUCUUCAACGUGGUGCCUUGGUUGGUGGCGAUUCCUGCCAGUGUAUUCAGCGGGUUUCUCUCUGAUCAUCUCAUCAAUCAGGGUUACAGAGCCAUCACGGUGCGGAAGCUCAUGCAGGGCGUGGGCCUUGGUCUCUCCAGCAUCUUCGCUCUGCGCCUGGGCCACACCUCAAGCUUCUGUGAGUCUGUAGUCUUUGCAUCAGCCUCCAUCUGCCUCCAGACCUUCAACCACAGUGGCAUCUCCGUGAACAUCCAGGACUUGGCCCCGUCCUGCGCCGGCUUUCUGUUUGGUGUGGCCAACACAGCUGGGGCCUUGGCAGGUGUUGUGGGCGUGUGUCUGGGCGGCUACCUGAUCGAGACCACGGGCUCUUGGACUUGCCUGUUCAACCUGGUGGCCAUCAUCAGCAACCUGGGGCUGUGCACCUUCCUGGUGUUCGGACAGGCCCAGAGGGUGGACCUGAGCCCCAGCCGCGAGGAACUCUAGCUCCCAACCCCACAGCCUCUCCCAGGACCCAGAUGCCAGCAGCCCCGGGACAGAGGGGACUCAGUUUGAGGGACCUGGUCCCUCCAUCUCAGACGCACGAGCAGAGAGGAACGCAAACCACUGUGGAGCCUGAGGCUCCUCGAGGAGUUCACACCUGCUGGCAGGGUGGCGGGAGUGGGCCUGGGUCCAGACCAGGCUGGCUGCUCUCUGGGCCUCAGUUUCCCCACCUGCCAGCAGGCGCAGCCCUUACAGGCUGGUGUGGCCGUCGGGUUGAGUGGGGUUACCAUUAAUAGGCACAGCUUCAUUCCCGCUGCCAUCUGACCUGCGUGGUCCCGGCAAGCCCCCUGCAGAGCCUGCCUGCUAAUGUGGGGCCGGUGCCAGGCGCAGUCUCCCCAACCCCAGCCGGCAUUGCUGUGUCUCUGGUGGGUUGUCCUCCAUGGUGGGGGCCAUCCUGUGCACUGCAGGAGGCUUAAAGGCAUCCCUGGCCUCUACCCACCCCAUGCCUGCAGCACCAACCUCCCUCUCCCUCCUUGCAGUCGAAUAACACCCAGAAAUGUCUCCAGACUCUGCCCAGCCUCCCCGGUAGCCAGUCUCUAGACACAGCCUCAGAAUCUCUCAGUAGCCUGACAGAGUCCCCCAGGGCAGUGGGUGGGUGGUAAGCUAGAGACCCUUGCCUGUCACUGGGACCCUGGUGCCACUGUCUGCACUCACCGGGUUCUCACUGUGCAGACGCCUGGACACUCCUUGGCCCUGCCCAGCGCAGCUGUGGCACAGGCGCUCCAACACGCACGGCUUUCCCAGGCCUGGUGAUUCUGCUCCCCAGGGAUGGUCGGCACCUUCCUUGGGGUGAGGGGGGCAUGCACUCCAGAACACACAGACCCACCUUUCUGGAGUUCUUUCUACCUCCCUUUUCAUUCCCUGAGGAACUGGUGGUUUCAUGAGUUAAUGAUACAUCCUGCAAGAUGUCCAUGUGGAGAAAAAAACCCAAAAAAUGUGGAAAAGCACUCGAAGCCUGAUUCAAGUAAUAACUAUUAAACUAUUCAAAAAGAA